GCGGCGUGCGACACGUACAGAGCAUUCUCUCAGCUCCACCAUUCAAACAGCAUCGGACAAAGACAGUGAGAGUGCUCGAUCAAAAUUCGGAACGACGUCGAAUGUGCCGCGGUGCGAAUCAUGCAGGCCGCCGCUUUUCGGCCACCUGAGUAAAUCAGCCCGACCUCCACCAACAACCAACAUACCAGCGGUAAACAACAACACUACUCUCACUGGCCGUUGAUUGUCUUAGAUGUGAUGAUCUUAUCUGUUGGAUCGAUGUGUAAUUCCUCCUUCUAAAUUAGCGAAACAAUUCGUUCGUAUUUACAUUUAUACAUAUAAAUAUACCGAGAAAAAAAACACGUGCUCUGUGUGUGCUUCGUAGAGUGUCAAGAAUUAUGGAAGUGGUGUCCUGCUAAUGAAUGUGUCUCUCUAUCAUUAUAUUGCUUGAAGUGUAUACUUGAUCUUGCUUCUACCACCACCAACCACCAGUAUAUAAAAACCUCAAAACGCACCGACAACAAAUAUAUUGGGUGUUUUUAUCUCUUUAUACAAAUUUUCUAUAGAGAGAGACGUGAACUUCUCUCUCUAUAAAAGUAAUCUGUGUGUGUCUUAUCGCGUUAUAAGAGAGAUAACGAUAAGACCUAAGUCGCGCGGUUAGUUGGACAGCACGAGCAGCAGCAGACAGGUGUCCCAAAUGGAAAUGCUCCACUCGCUCAACACCCUGGCCGGUAAGAUUUCGCCGCAGAGUGGCAAGCCGGCCGCCCCGCACAACAACAACAAUAACACGACCAACCUGAACAACAACAACCACCACCACCCGUACCAGAAGGUGGCCAAGGUGGACGUGGCCAGCAGCGGCGCCAGCACCGCCUCCGAGCCGUCGCCCAACUCGGAGGCCAACUCCAACGGCCGCCUCAGCCCGUCAAGCCAAAUGAACAUGAACAACAGCUGCGGCGGAAUGUUGGACCAGCCAGACCCAGACGCGAUCAAAAUGUUCGUCGGCCAGAUUCCUCGCAGCAUGGACGAGGAGAAGCUGCGCAUAAUGUUCGAAGAGUUCGGCAAAGUGCACCAAAUCAACGUGCUGCGGGACAAAGUGACCAGCCAGAGCAAAGGUUGCUGCUUUGUUACCUUCUACACAAGAAAGGCUGCUUUGGAUGCGCAAAAUGCGCUUCAUAAUAUCAAGACUUUAACAGGGAUGCAUCACCCAAUUCAAAUGAAGCCUGCGGAUAGUGAAAAUAGAAAUGAGCGUAAACUUUUUGUUGGUAUGCUGGCAAAGAAAUGCAAUGAAAAUGAUGUGAGAGGAAUGUUUGGACAGUUUGGAACGAUUGAAGAGUGCACCGUUCUGAGAGAUACCAACGGCCAAAGUAAAGGCUGUGCCUUUGUUACCUACACAUCUAAACAAUGUGCCAUCAACGCCAUCAAGGCGAUGCAUCAUUCCCAAACCAUGGAGGGCUGCUCGUCACCCCUGGUGGUCAAGUUUGCGGACACGCAGAAGGAGAAGGACCAAAAGAGACUGCAGCAGAUGCAAGCCAACCUCUGGAACAUCAGCGCACUGACGCCACAGUACCUGACUGUGAGUGCCAAUCCGAACUUGCUCCAGCAGAUGCAGCAGCAGCAGCAGCCCACACAGCAGAGUGCGGGGGCGGCCAACUCGCCGGCCAACCUGCUCGCCAGCAUGCAGCAGCUUAUGAACAUGCAGCAACUGCAGGCAGCUGGGUCAGCUGGUCUGCAGACGUUGGCUGCCCUCCAGGGCUCGGCAGGCCUCAACCUGUCCGGCUCCGCAGGGUCAGGAGCCACCAGUGAUAUCAGCGCGGCCAAUCUUCAGGGACUCGCCACUCUGGCGAACCUCUCUGUCGCCAAUCAAUCUGUGAACCCGAUGAGCAUGCAGAAUUUGGUCACUCUGGCCGCCAUUUCUGGCGGCAACGGAGCCAAUUUGCAGGCCGUCUCGCCCACUGGAUCCAGUGCCUCUGGGUUAAGUAGUCCAGCCCUCACGGGGUUGACUAAUUCAACGGCAGGUAUGUGGUCGAUAGCGCCGCAAACGUCGAGCGCGACCAACUCAUUCAGUGCAGUCAGUCCGGUCACCUCCAUGGGGCUGGGCGCCCUUUCAGGGACCACCCUCACCAGCCUCAACGGCCUCGGCUCGGCGGCCACCAACGGCUCCAGCCUAGACCCCCUUUCCUAUUCUAGCAUACAACAGUACACAGGGUUCCCCGGUUUUAGUUCAAACUCCAUAACCACGGCCACGGCGGCUGCGGCGGCGGCAGCAGUCAAUUCAGGAAAGCAAACUGAAGGUCCCGAAGGUGCCAACCUGUUCAUCUACCACCUGCCGCAAGAGUUCGGUGACACUGACCUGGCGCAAACGUUCCUCCCAUUUGGCCAGGUGCUUUCCGCUAAAGUAUUCAUCGACAAGCAAACAAACCUCUCCAAGUGCUUUGGCUUUGUAUCAUACGACAACCCUGUGAGUGCCCAGGCUGCCAUUCAGGCGAUGAACGGUUUCCAGAUCGGAACCAAGCGCCUCAAGGUGCAGCUCAAGCGAUCCAAAGACGCCUCAAAGCCGUACUAAAGAAUGUAGGUUCUGAGACUGCCACAACAAUUUGUUGGUUGAGUGUUGACCUUUUGACCGCCGUCCCUCCUCUGCCUGAUGUGUCAACGUCUUAGGUGUCAUGUUGUUGUACGUGCGAAGAAAAUUUCUCUGUUGCUACUACACUCACUCAUUCACUCUGGAUUCAGACAAAAAGAAACAGAAAAAAAAAUAAUAGUAACGCUCGACCUGUCUCGCAUUAUUGAUUAAUACUAUACGUUGUAUGAAUCAAUUGUACUCGUUGAUUGGUGGAUAUUUACACUUUUUUAUUGUUGCUGGUUGGUGUCGAAAAAUAACAAAAAUCACAGUGUUGAAGCGGUACGUGAAGCUGAAACGAAAGAUUUCUAUAUUAUACCGAGAAAACAAAGUAAAAAUAAUACAGCUAUAUCGUCAUAUCACGCAGAUAAAAUUUAAAUGUCAAAGAUCAAUAGUGCAGCAGAUUUAUACAUAUUUUUACAGAAAAUUAUUAUUACUCCCUUGACACAUAAAGCCGGCGAAGUCUGUGUAAAAUCAAACACACUUCGCCCGGUCUUGCUUUAGAAAAUUUGAUGGAUUUGAUAUGAAAAAAAUUCCCAGGUCGUGAAUUAAGUGGAUUUAAUGUUACUCUUACUUUUACGAUGGUUUCUCCCCUUUUUUUGAUUUUGUUUGGUGUUUUUUUCUUUCUCUUUGAUUUAGUUUCUUGCAUUCGGCACGCAGUAAAGUAUAUGUGUCCUUUUUCUCUAUUUUUUUCUUUUGUUAUACAUAAAUAUGAAAAAGAUGAUGGAUUUCUGUUUGGUAGAUGUGUAGUAGAGGAAAAAUCAUUUAAAUGAGAUGUGUUAAUUUGUUUAAUUGCCAUGUAACAAAAUGGAGCAAAUCAGCAGACGAUGUUUUGUGUGUGCCUUUAUUGUUGUGAAAAAUGAAUUUAUUAUUACACUAUUAUGUACUUAAAAUCGAGUCAUGUAAUUGAUUAAUUAAUUAAUAAUUUCUUUGAAACAUAUAGAACAUAGAACGUAUAUAAUUAUUAAAAAACGGAACGUAAAUAGUCACGCACUGGGUUGAGAAUAUGUAAUUAUGCGAAAAGAGAAAAACAACCAUUUCUAAACAUGAAUACAAAUAUCAAACAGCAAAAAGUCGACACUGAUUUUAAUUCGCAGCAAAUUCUUGUGCGUGUUGAUUUUUAUGACUGACUGUACCUUAAAAUCAAUAUAUUUGUUGUACUUUAUGUUGCUUCUUUAUCACCAUAAUGUGGUUCUCCAAAUAGUCCCCAAAGAACUUAAUUAUUUUCUAUUCUAAAGAAAGACGAUUAAGGAAAAGUUACCAUGCAUGAAAACAAUAUGUGGGGAACGAACACUGCUUUCCCGCAGUUAAUCUACGGUUGCCAAAAACGCUGAGAUGAGAAUCAAACUGAAUUUGCACUUUUCAUCGGAUAAUGUAUUCAGAGGCGAUAUUUAGAAACACACAAAAGCCAAAGAGAGGAUUUUCCCAUGUUCAUUACAUAAAUUUCACAUGCAACUCUGCAUUCAGUUUUUUCUAUAAUAUCACAUUGAAAAAGGGACCUUGAUGUACAAUUUAUCUGUUUUUUUGUGAGCUGUCACUCGGUCAAGAUCAAUUUGAGUAAUUAACACAUUACGCGGUCGGUAAACAUGGAUAUGUUCCUUGGUUAUUUGUUUUUGUCAUUAAACUGCUGGUCAUGAAAAUCUCAGGAACGCUACAUAAUUUUUUUUUUAAUACAUCAUAUGAUUUUGUGUGUAUUUUUUUUUGUCUCUGAACGUCGUAAAUAUUAUAUGAAUUAUUGUUACCCGUCAAGCUGAGCGUAUCUAGAGUGAGGAAUUUAAUUGUUUAUGUCGGUUGAUCAUUUUUGUGAAAAAGUUGUUCAAUGUCGAAAAAGUCUAAUAAAUUUCCGUAAAUGACUCCCAAAUCAAAAUUAUUUAUAAUGAGAAGAAAAAUUGAAUGGUUCCGGACAAGAGGCAAAACUGUUUGAUUGGGCAGCAAUUUUGUUGACAAAAAGUGCAAAUAAUGAUGUGUUUGUUGUGUAUUAUGUUUCCUGGAUUAACACAAGAAGGAAAGAAAAAAGCAGGUGGAAAAGCUCGGGUCCUGCUUUAAAAAAUAAAUAAAUAAUCGUUUCUGACUAUCAAACAAACAAUGAUCUCUACACCCAAAAAAAUAAUUGCUCGUCAAAAUGUGGCAAAAGUGUAACAGAUGAUUUUGUUUUUCUUGUCGCGCUAAAUUAUAAUUUAUGAAUUUGAAUUUUGUGCUCCUUGAGUUUAUGUUAUUAUGCAAACGAGAAUCACGAGAGGUGUUUCUCCAUACUGUCUGUUUUUUUUCUGUAAUAUAAAAUUUGUUGAGAUGAGAGAAUAUGAUGGAAAAUGGUAAAAAUCAAUUACAUACAAGAGAUAACAUAAAAAUCCAGUUUCUGUAGUCGUGUGCAGACUUUGAGACAGAGAGUUUAUAUAUAAUUAAUUAAAUUGUAGUCUGAGAGGAAAAAUUUUAAAUUAUUGAUUACGAUGAUGAAGAUGAACAACCACACGAGUGUAAUUUUAUGGCGAGAGGAUAUUUUAUCUUUGUACCAAAAUUACUGUGGUGUUUAUUUUAAGUGAUAAACGGAUUAAUGUACUAAGGGCAGCACAUAAUAAUAAAUCCUAUUUUGGAAGUAAAAUUGA